AUGGUCAUGAUAAAAACUAUGAGAAAGAGAGGGAGAGAGAAAGAGAAAGAGCAAGCGAACCUCAUACGCGCCGUCAUUAACUCCUUGGAGAACUGCAAGGAAAAACUUUUUUACAUCGAUGGAAUUUCCAUUGUUAUUUGGGUUUAUUCAAACACACUGAACCAAGGAUCCUCGAAAGAGAAGGACGACCACUACAAACACCACCACACCUCCUCCACUCCCACUUCCUCCAAUCUACCUCUCAUGAACGGCACAAACUUCCAAGAACUUUGCCAGCUGGAAGCAUUCCAGGCAUCGUGUCCGUAUGGGCACGCGAUCCUUAUGGUGUCUGCCAGGUACGGACGAAUGCGAUUGGAUGGCAGAUGUGUGAAGAGGUCGUGGAACAACAUUGGCUGCUUCGUGGAUGUGACCGCCCUCAUGGACCCGUGGUGCUCGGGUCAAAGGUCGUGUCAGGUCGGAGUUGGGGAGCUGAAUCAUCUUCUGCCCUGUCCUGAAGAUUUGACACUCUACUUGGAAGUUUCCCAUGUCUGCGUCAGAGUUGAACCGGUGGUGAGCCAACCUUGCAAGCCAAGCACCCCAAUCAUCAUCAACAUCGGCGAACAAGACGAUCACGACAAAACCAAACAGCACCAAGCAACAGUCACCGCAGCAACCAAACAACAACAGAAAGCAACACCAUCGGCAACAAAUGCCAUCGAAUCUUUAUACCUAUCCAGCACAAUUUCUUUAGAAACAGCUCAAGGAACAAAUCAUUGUCCUUGGAGACUGAAAGUGAACAAAGGUCAAAUUAUUAGAAUCACACUCCUAAAUUUUGCAAGAUCAUUCCUUUAUCCAGAACAACAAACCUCGCAGUUAGCAUCAAGCACAUCUCAACAUCAACAUCGCCAACGUAGAGAACUACAAACGGCCAACGUUAAUGAAGUUGGUGACGAAGAUGAUGUUAAAAAUAUCAACAACAUCAGAGAUAAAAUUAUUUCAAAGAGCAUAUUUUACAAUGACACAUUAGAACAUCAAACGAUGCAUAAUUCAACUAGUCAACAACAUGAACAACAACAACAGAUUCAAAUAAAAUUUAAAAAUAAACUAACAACUUCAAAACAACAACAACAACUAACUCUAAUACAUCCACAACAACAACAACAACGUCCACUUUUACUGCCUCAACAACUUACACAGCAAAGCAAACAUCCUCAACAACAUCAAAACAGUAAACGAUCACUGCUAGACUCAAAACAACUCAACCAACCCCCAGCAACUACAUCAGCGGACAGCAGCAUCAGCAGCAGCAGCAACAACAACAACAACAUUCAACUCAUUCCUGCCUCCAAACUCUGCUACCAAUUCGCCAUCAUCAAGGAGGGUAACAUGGGGGGAAGCAAGUACCUGACACUGUGCGAGGAUGGACCGCGGGAGGCCAUCGUUUACACGUCUGCCACUGACGUCAUAGACUUGGAAAUUAUUACGUCACCGUUACAGAAGAUUCGAUACUUUCUCAGAGUUGAGGGACCAUGUUUAUGCAGCCUUCGUGGUUUCUGCGACUUUGAUGUUGAGAUUGAGAUUGUUGUUUAUGUUGUAGGUAGAUGUUUAUCUUAUUAUUAA